CCAACCACUGGUGGGAAUUUCCCCUGCGCCCUUCCUAACGAAUUUUCAACGAGCGAAGAGUUCGCCCAUUCCAUCCUGAAUUCUAUCAAAAUGCCUAUGAUGCCCAUGGUCGUGCUCCUUCCCCUCCACAAGAGGGACCCGUUUAACCCCUCCACCUACGAUGGUCGAACCAUCCGGAAUGGUCUAGUCGCUAUGGGUUUAAUGGCACUCGUCUCAGUCGUGACGACUCUGUUCUUACUCAUCUUCAUGCUAAACCGAAUGUUGCGAUGGAAGUCAUACUACAAGGAAAAUUUGUGGCAUAAUCAGUAUAUUGUCCUAAUUAUAUGCCUCCUGGUAGCCGACUUAGUUCAGUCUCUCGCCUUCGCCUUUUCAUUCUACUGGCUCACAUCGGGGGCUGUCGGAGGCCCUGUCAACAAGCCCACCGGUGCCUGCUUCGCCCAAGGCUUCAUCGUUCAUUUUGGUGAUGUUGGCUCGGCCUUCUUUGUUCUCGCCGUAGCAGCCCACACUUGUUUCCAAGUUGGCUUCAGCAGGCGGCUGAGCGAUAAACCUUUUUUCUGGGGUGUGGGACUGACCGCGAUACUCAGUCUCAUCCUUACCAUCAUCCCUCCUGCUGCGUAUGGAACGGGGGUCUAUGUUGAUACGGAAGCUUGGGUGAGUCGAGCCUUUCUUUCUCGCGCUGUUGCAAAAUGGGCUAAGUAUCGGCAUCCCGGACGCCGGUUAAACCUUUCAAUCCUCAUACAGUGCUGGAUUGCCGAGGAGCAUGAAAACAUGCGCCUUGGAACCCACUACAUCUGGAUAUUCCUUAUCCAGGGGCUCUGCAUUAUCCUUUACGGAGCGCUCUUCUGGAAGUUGUCCGUGGCUCGCAAGACCAUCGGCUCUAUGAACAAGACCGUCAAUACCAACGACCAGAGGUUCAAGCGCGCAGCUCUUCUCAUGGCUAUCUACCCAAUUGUUUACGUCGGUCUCACUCUGCCGUUGGCUGCUAGCCGGAUGGCCUUGUAUGCCCAUCGAAGUGUUCCAGAAUGGGCCUGGGUAUUCGCUGGCACUCUCAUGACAAGCAGCGGCUGGGUUGACUGUGUGCUAUACGCAGUUACUCGCCGUGCCCUUCUGAAAGAAGAGUUCAAGUCUUCGUCUGGCCAUUCACGCCAUUCCUACGGCGAAGGAACAAACUGGUUACGACGCCACCACAGCGACAAGCACGAUUCGACGGACAUGUUCGGUGCCAGCAUUCGCAAGAGCUUUUACACAUCAACAGAGAAGGUCAACGCCUCUGUAGUCACUCGUAAUGUUCGCAAUGACAGCACUCGUGGCCGUAUGUCCGAUCGGUCAAAUGACUCUGCCACUGCUGUUGAUCCACACUCGCCACCACGCUCUCAGAGCCAAGUUCGACUCAAGCACAACAGCGCAGACAUCGAGCUCGGCACUUUUUACCGUUCAACCGCAGGCGACGGCGAGGAUCCGGAGAACGGCUCUAUGAGUUCCGAGUCCCCAAUCAUCCUACAGCGCUCGAAUUCGAAAGGCUCUAAGGCAGCAGUGGCCCGAAUGCGGCUGUUGAGGGCGAUCCCCAAGGAGUUAACAUCUUCCGAAAUUCCGUUCGUGCAAUUUCUCCGACACAACCUGCUCCGCGUAUCGCCAUGCCUCGGCGAAAUUCACCACCAGCCGACCGAACCAGGAUACCAGAUCGUGCUCACACGCAUGAGACUCCAUCCGCUUCGAGCCGUCAGUACCAACCCGGCAGCUCUGGUCUUCGGCCUCUUGGUAGCAUCACAGUCAACACAGAAGUCAACGUCCAAUCUCGGCCUAAGAGCGAAGUCUCAAACGUCAGCAAUCCGCACACGUACUUCCAGAGCGGCGCAUGGGCAAAGCUGCCUUGAAGAUCGACUGCUCGGCAUCACCAUGGCGCUACCAAAUGCUGUCAUCCACUCUAAAAGUGGUGAAUCACUAGUUCCUAGCGUGACCUCUAGGCAAAGUCCCUUUGCUUGCUCUGUAUUCGGUAAGCGGCGACAAGAGCAGCACACAUACACUACACAAACAUACCUAAUUGCACCGCACGAUACCCAAUUGGAUUUAUCACGGAGCAAUGAGGAGCAAGUCUAUUGA